UUCGUCAGGCAGAGCUCUCAUCCCGACAUGCACCAGUCUAUUUGUAUCAGUUUUCAGCUGGACCCAACAAAUCUCCAAAAUUUCCAGGUAUUGAACAUGGUGCCGAAUUAGAUUACCUUUGGGACCAAUUCAACGGAAUUGAAGUUGACAAGACUAUUCGGGAACAGAUGCUUUCGCUGUGGUGGAAUUUCAUCAAAUACAAAAAUCCAACACCUGCGAAUGUUACCACCCCGCAGAAUAUCAACUGGCCUGCAGUUGACACGAACGAUAUAAAAUAUUUCGAUAUAGACGAAACAUCCAGUGUAUCUUCUAAUCCAAGAAAUUACGAAAGUGUGAAAGGAGUUUUACUGGGCCGUCUCAGAUCACCAUAUCUUGUAUUCUGAACUGUUUGACAUGCCAUCCAAAUAUUCUCUUCAAGUUCAUGAGUAACAUUGAGCUUUCGUAAUGUAAUUAUUCUCUCUCUAUUAUUUCAAUAAAUAAAGAAAUCACUGAG